CCACCAGGACCUCCUGUAGAUAUAUAGGGAGACACAUCGUCGCUUCUCAACCGGCUCGCCCUGGAGCUUCUGGUCUGUUUCGCCUCUUCGAACAAUCCUCGCAGCUUUUUUCCAUUUGGCACUCACAACCACCUCUUCAUUUCCAAGCCACCAUAUAAUCAAGCUCGCCUCUACUGGUCCGUGACAAGACAGUGACUAAACCAUUGAGUCUUGGGCACGCCAUCCAGCUGCACAGGAAUCCUCAAGUCGGUGGUCCAGAUAGAGUCCUGCAUGGCAGAAAGUGCCACCAUGUCGUCGUCUUCUCCCAACCAGCUCUUCCUGGGCUCCUUCAUCCACAGUGUCGCUCUUGGCCAGCUCCAAUACCUGCACAACACGGCCAUAUGUGUCAACAGCUCAGGCAAGAUCGUGGCCGUCAAGCAGGACUGCGACCGUGACACUGCAGAGCAGACCCUCCUCCCACAGCUUGGCUGGGCUUUGGAUAGCGUCACCAUCACGACGGCCCAGGAUGGCCAGUUCUUCUUCCCUGGCUUCAUAGACACGCACGUCCACGCACCACAGUACCCCAAUGUCGGCAUAUUUGGCAAGUCAACACUGCUCGACUGGCUCAAUACCUACACCUUCCCGAUGGAGUCGUCCAUGGCGUGCCUCUCCAAGGCCAGGAGGGUCUACUCCCAAUGCAUCCGCAAAUCGCUUUCCCACGGCACGACAACCGCCUCGUACUUUGCCACAAUCCAUGUCCCGGCCACAAACUUACUGGCGGAUCUUUGCCUGUCCAUGGGGCAGCGGGCGUUUGUAGGGCGCGUCUGCAUGGACCAGCUAGCACCUGACCACUAUCUCGACGAGUCGCCCGAGCAGUCCGUGUCUCGCACCCGGGAAGUCAUAAAUCAUAUCCAGUCUGUAGACCCAGAGUAUGCCCUCAUCACGCCGAUCAUCACGCCACGCUUUGCUCCAUCCUGCUCAGGCCAAACCAUGACUGCUCUCGGCGAGCUGCAAAAGGAGACUGCCUUGCCUGUACAAACGCACAUCUCCGAGAACAACAACGAGAUCAAUCUGGUCAAGCAGCAGUUCCCAGGCAUUGAGACCUACACGGACGUCUACGACCAGCACGGGUUGCUAACGGACAAGACGAUUCUCGCACACGCCAUCCACUUGUCAGAGUCAGAAGCCGACCUUAUCUCGCAGCGGCAGUCCAAGGUGGCACACUGCCCGUGCUCAAACAGCUCCAUCACCAGUGGCGAGGCGCGAGUCCGCUGGCUUCUGGAGAAGGGCAUCAGCGUCGGCCUGGGAACGGACAUGAGCGGAGGAUACAGCCCCAGUAUACUAGAAGCGGCGAGGCUGGCCAGCUUGGUGUCGAAUCACCUGGCGAUGCCAGGGGUCAAGUGGCCGGAGAACGCCACGGACGAGGAGCGCAACAAAGUCAAGCUCAGUGUCGAGGAGGUCCUCCAUCUGGCGACCAGAGGUGGCGCAGAAGUUGUCGGGCUGCAGGACAGGAUAGGUGGCUUUGACGUCGGCAAGGAGUGGGAUGCGCAGCUUAUCAAGCUCAAUGCCGUGCCGGAGGCGGAGGAUGGUGUUGGCAGCGAGUAUGGCGGCAAUGUCGACGUGUUUGGCUGGGAGACCUGGGAGGAGCGCAUCGCCAAGUGGUUGUACAACGGCGACGACAGAAAUACCAGCAGGGUCUGGGUCAAGGGCAGACUUGUGCAUGAGAAGAAGUAGCGACAUUGUGGCAACAAGCCUCUAGGUCAUGAAAGUUUUUCCUGAUUUUGUCCGACUCAAAAAUGGAAAUUUGUACACAGCCAGCGUCAGGGUAUUUAGGUAGUUGAAAUAAAUCAGGCACAGAGAAAUAAUUGGCAGGAGCCAGCGA